AUGGCAUUAGAGUCGAAGCUCAAAGAUAAUAGCACACGCAUGAAUAAGUUGUACAGGUUUGGCAUGGGAUUGGAUAUGAAAAACAACAGUGAUGGUCUUGUGAGCAGGUUGUUUGGGAACUUGGUUAGCUCCAUGAGAAAAUUUUUGUUUCGUAUUCUAUCUGUAGGCCCUAUUCCCAACCACCUUGCCUUCAUCCUUGAUGGAAAUCGAAGGUAUGCUAAGAAGUGGAACCUGCAAGAAGAAACUGGCUACAAAUGUGGGUUUUGGGCUUUGAUGCCCAUGCUUAAGUACUGCUAUGAACUGGGGGUGACGUAUGUGACAAUAUACGCAUUCAGCAUUGAUAAUUUUAAAAGAGGACCAAAAGAGGUUCAAUGCCUGAUGGGUUUGAUGCAGGAGAAAAUCGAAGGGUUGCUCGAGGAAGAAAGUAUUGUGCACCAAUUUGGAGUCAGGGUACAUUUUAUAGGGAAUUUGAAACUCUUGCCCGAGUCUGUCAAGGUUGGUGCUGAAAAGGUAAUGAAAGCCACAGCAAACAACAAUAAGAAGGUGCUAUUAAUUUGCGUGGCCUAUACUUCAACGGAUGAGAUUGUGCAUGCGGCUCAAGAGUCUUGCCAGCGUAAAUGGGAUGAGAUCAGAGAAAUGAAACCUGGUGGAGGAGCUCACAGCUUUGAGAUAAGCAAUGAAAGCCAGGAGGAGGAGGAGCGUCGUUUUAUAAAGCUGGUAGAUCUUGAGCAGUGCAUCUACAUGGGGGUGGCACCUGAUCCGGAUAUUCUGUUCAGAACUGCAGGCGAGACCCGCCUGAGCAAUUUCCUCCUUUGGCAGACUCCGACCUGUCUCUUGUAUUCGCCAGGGGUACUGUUUCCGGAGAUUGGUUUACGGCAUUUGGUUUGGGCGGUAUUGAACUUCCAGAGAGCCUACUCUUAUGUGGAGAAGAAAAAGAAGCAGCUAUAACUGCUCUUAAAUACAUUAUACAGCACUAGAAGUGAAUUGAUAUACGAAGGAAGAUCUGGACAUAGAAAGAACAGGCCAUCUAUAUAAAAGAAGCAAAGCAUAAAUUGGUUAUUAUCAUUUUUUAGUUUCGCCCAUGAACAUGGCAAAUGGGACUGUAAACAAUAAGAUAAGAGAAUGGAUACAAAUAACCAAGCAAACCUGAGAAAAGUUAAUUAU